AUGUCUGAUCCAUGGACAACCUCCACACAACUGGCCGAAAACUCGCUAGAUUCAACUCUGCCCAGCUUCUCAUCAUUAGAUCUUCUAGAGCAUCUGGAUCCCGUAGAACCUGUACUUGAUAUCACGUCUGGCACACUCAGUAUGCCAAGUGAUACAACCUUCGACUGGUCUAGCAGCGUUGAUCCUACCCUCCUGUUACUGUCUGAACCGGAUGAUUUCGUCAUCGAAACGCCCCCAGGGGUUGACAUUUCUUCCAACAAACCUGCAUCCGAUGAGCAAAGCCUGAGAGAAGCUAUACUACAGCUUGGAUACAGCUUGGAAGCGAGAAUAGCGCAGAUAGAAGAUAGCCUAAGGCUCAUGGAUCAGAGACUGACAAAAGUCGAAGACGCCAAGGAGGCACAGGAUAUUGAAAUGCAACAACGUAAGGAGCAAAUUCGGACAGAGUCGAAGAAAUUGCUUGAUGACAUCCGCGAGUAUCAUAAUCUCAUGAACUUGACCGCUAAACAAUUAGUUAGGUCAGUCAAAUAA